GCAAGCUGUUUUUAAGGACGAUUUCAUGCAUUAAGCCAAACCCAACAUAGCUCCUGAACUUGCAGCUCUUCCUCAUCACAUCAAUGGCGGAUGAUGUGAAGCUACAUGGACUCUGGUCGAGUCCAUUCACCCAGAGAGUCAUCUGGGCUCUCCAAUUGAAGGGUCUGAGCUACGAGUACAUAGCUGAAGAUAUCAUCUGCAAGAGCGAGUCGCUGGUGCGAUACAAUCCGGUCCACAAGAAGGUCCCUGUGCUCGUUCAUGGUGGGAAACCGGUCACGGAGUCGAUGCUGAUCGUUGAGUACAUUGAUGAGACAUGGGCGCAGAAUCCGCUUCUUCCUCAAGAUGCUCACGAGAGGGCCGUGGUCCGAUUCUGGGCUAAGUUCAUCGAGGAGAAGUCUAUACCCAUGAUGGCUUUCUUUCGUCACGUCGGAGAAGACCAAGAAAAGGCCAUCAACUUCACCUUGGACACCUUCAAAACAAUAGAAGAGAAUGGCCUCGGCGGAAACAAGUUCCUCGGAAGCGAGGAGGUAUCGCUCGCGGACAUCGCCUUGGGAUGGAUCGUUCACACCCUGCCCGUCAUGGAAGAUAUAAUAGGAGUGAAGCUCGUGAAAGCCGAAACGUUCCCACUUUUGCACGAAUGGAUGGAGAACUUCAAGCAAGUUUCAGUCAUCAAGUCAAGCCUUCCAGAUUAUGCGAGAGCCCUCGACUACUUCAGGGCAAAAAGAGAGAUGUUCAUCAAAUUAGGCGAAAAGCACUGAAAAAGAUCAUAGCAUGAGUUUCUUUCUCGUUGUUGUUUUUCAUAGAUAAGAUUGUAUGGACUCUUGUUGUUCUGGUUGCUUAUGAACCCGAUAAAGAUAGCCGGUUUUUCUGUUAUAAAUUUGGUUUUUGCAUUG